UCCGACUACGGAGCUGGGAGCAUUGUAAUUCUUUGUUUCCAAUAAUCUUUUCGACAUUAGAUAUAUACCCAGGCAGAUCACGCGUCUACUAGGGAUUAUUAGAAUCGACUGCGGCGGUUUCUCUCCGUCUUUCGUUGCUCAGCACGCGCCGGAGAUACAUCGGAGUCGGGAGGUCCCCUCCAUUCGGGAACCUCUAAUGUCGUAGAUACCCCAGGAGGCGCACCGAACGGACUUAUGUCGUACGGAGACUGGUGCACCAUGCGGGAAAAUAUGCCAGUUAAACGGACCCAUCAGAUUUUUAUACUCCUGUAUCUACAUUUCUCUAUUGUACAUUCAUACUUUGAGCGUGUGUGUGAUUCCCGGACCGAGCAGCGGGGACCGGAUCCGAAUGGUAUAUGCGGCAGGAUGAUUCCGGAAAUGCUCCAUUUGCUGUGUGAGGGGGAAUAUUACGUUCCUUCACAUUCAAAACGCGAUGUAUCAUCACGUUCCCAUAAACAAGAAAGUGAUCUUGAUUUUCCACGCUAUUCGCCUUUAGAAGGACUCAUUCUCGGCAAAAGAGAGGCAUCUAUGUAUUUAACAAGCGAGCACUCUCGAACCAAGCGAAAUACCUAUACAGGCAUUGUUUGCGAAUGUUGUUAUCACAGUUGCGACUAUGUUGAACUUUUUCAGUAUUGCGCAUAUAGGAAAAAGAGAGAUACCAAACCCAACUCAAUUUCAGCGAAUUCUCACAACUCUAGAGUAAUGGUUGACAAGUUAUCAAAUUAAUAACAAAUAAACCUGGAUGUUUUAUUUGAACGACAUUUAUUUUUAUAAUAGGGCAUUUAAAAUUUUUAAAAAUGUGCUGAGAAUCUCGUUUUAUUUUGCUUAUCUUUUUUUUAGUGAUACGUCAUUUAUGACGUCAUCAUGACGGUCAUUGUACGAUUGAAAACAAGUUUUUAUGCUAAAUGUUUAGGGGAGAAGAUGUAUAAGCGAUGGAUAAUUUCAUUGUCUCAGCGAUACUGCCAUCUGUUUCAUCAUUAAUUGUCCAUUGUGCGCUUCAUGUGAAUUUCAGCGUAAUUGUAUACUGUGCCUUAUGUAUGAGUUCGGAAGAGAGAGAAAAAUAAUUGGUCCCAUGCCGAUUUCUAUUUGGAAUUGUCGAUUUUUUGUUUUGUAAGAGUUGUCCAACUUUAUAUCUGUUUGAAUUAUCGACCUUUUUCAAAUAUAUUGGACAUGUUUGUUUUAAAACGAUUUCAUGGUCCAGAUAAGAUGCUGAAAAAAAUAUAUAGUUAAUGCAAAUUUUAUUUAUUUAAAAUAACUGCUAUUUUAAAAAUUUUUAUUUAUUCUGUUUGCUUUCCUUGGAAGUUGUGUUGACGGUCUGAAUAGAAAUGGGUGAAAUUGUCUCUCGUUGCCAACAACAGUGUACUUCUGGCGAAUAAAGCUGGUGUAAUCUUG